CUCUCACAGCUGCUGAAUUUAUUUGCCUGGCCCGUGAAAGGGCCAAGUAUCUUUCCAGUAUUUUUUCAAAACAACACACAUAACUUAAAAGUAUAUGAAGUGCUUUUUCCUAAUGUCCUUUACCUGGGACAUCCCCAAACAGACUACCUUCACCAAGGGGAGAUGCUGGUGUUGCCAUGGUGACCGGGGUGGAAAAGUACUCAUCCAGUGCCACUGUAUUUUGUCUGACUCCUGUAGGUACCCAAAAGAGCACGGGAUUGUCACAUCCUGGGGAGAUAGGGAGGCUGUGGGGAAGAAUGUCUAUGACAAUGACCUGAAGAUGAAAAGUAGUGAGCAGACAGUGAUUCUGACUGAGGCACUGCUGAACCCACUGGUUAACAGAGAAAAAACGGCAGAGCUCUUCCCUGAGCAUGCUGAGGUACUAGCUCUCGUGUCUGUCCAGGCUGUGCUCACACUCUGUGUUUCAGGUCUCAGCACAGGCUGUGUGAUGGACUCUGGUUACGGUGUCACCCACAGUGUUCCAAUCUUUGAAGGCUACUGCUUGCCCCAUGGUAUUCUCCAGCUUGACCUGAACAGCUGUGAUCUUACAGGGCACCUAACAUGGAUUCUGAAAGAAAGCAGCACUUCACAAGUCACCACAGCUGAGGAGCUGCUGUACAUGUGCCUAAGCCUCGAGGAAGAGAUGACUAAGAAUCCUAGUGAGGUGGAAAAAAAUUACCACCUUCCUGGUGGCCAUGAAAUUAUGGUUCAGAAUCAAAGGUUUUGUCGUCCUGAAACCCUCUUUCAUCUUCCUAAUGUUGGCAUAGAGUCACCAGGGAUUGACAAGCUGUGCUCCAAUUCUAUCAUGAAUGACUCAUCAUCAGGAUGUUGGCAUAAGGACUCUUCCGCUCCAGUCCUUUCUGGUGGUUUCAGCCUCUUCGCUGGAAUUGCUGAAUGCUUAAACAAGGAGAUCAUCUGCAUGGUCCCAGGUCGUGUUAAGGUGAAAGUCAGUCCUCCUCCUAAUAGGAAGUUUUCAGUUUGGAGAGAAGUCCUCGCUUCCCUGAGCGCCUUCCAGCCGAUGCAGAUUACCGUGACAGAGUACAGGGGGGCUGAGCCUAACAUGGUGCACAGAAAAUGUUUCUAAAAUACACGUGAUUUUAUAACAGAUUUUACUUGACACUUCAUGGAAAAGAACCUGAGAUUCCCGCGGCUUGGAAGCUAGCGUCUAGGAGGAAGUCUGUGUCUGUAGCUUGCCUUUUGAAAGUCCAAU